GACACCAACAAAAUCACCUGAACGACGACGUACUGCGCGAAACUGGAACCCGCCGCCUACACAAUAAGCUUCUUCUUAAAUCUUGAUAGCAGGAGGAUCACAACUCAUGGUAGAAGAAAACCAACCACGCUUCCAGAGCUUCUCCUUGCCCAAAUUCUCUGAAUUUCUCAGAAUACAUCAUCACUACCAAAUGGCAAAAAGUAAUCCUGAUGAAAAGAUUCUCAGCUACAAUGAUGUGGUACUUAGACGAUCAGACUUGGAUAUCCUCAGUGGCCCAUAUUUUCUCAAUGAUCGAAUCAUCGAGUUCUAUUUUAGUUAUCUUUCAUCAUGCUCUGAGGAGAUUUUACUCAUUCCACCUUCAAUUACAUUCUGGAUAAUGAAUUGCCCAGCUGAGAGCCUAAAAGACUUCCUAGACCCUCUUCAUUUGCCUGAUAAGAAACUGGUAAUCUUUCCUGUCAAUGACAAUGAUGAUGUGAGUGAAGCUGAAGGUGGAUAUCAUUGGAGCCUACUUGCAUUUGAGAGAAGCGUCAACACAUUUGUUCAUCAUGAUAGCAGUGGAGGGAGAUGGAAUAAAGGUCCCGCCAAACGACUUUAUAAUGCUGUUAAGAAAUUUAUGAGUGAUUCCAGUUCAACAACUGAGCCCAUUUAUAAAGAGUGUACUGAUUCACCACACCAAAUAAAUGGUUACGAUUGUGGCACGUAUGUAUUGGCCAUUGCAAGGAUAAUAUGCAGCUGGUAUGGAAGUAAAGACAAAGAUGGAGAUAAUAUGUGGUUCUGUGCUGUGAAGGAACAAGUCACUCCAUCGGCUGUCGCUGCAAUGCGAGGUGAGAUCCUGGGGUUGAUUAGAGGUUUGAUGCCCAAAAAGUGAGUUUCAAGUAGCUUUCUGUAAGUCUGGAACUUGACAUAUAGUUAGCAGUUAGGUUACUCAGUACUACUUCCCUUUACUCUUAGACCUGGGAACAAAAACCCUAUGCAAAUCGAAGCAUUUUAUGGCAUUGUUAAGCUUAUGAAAUUCAGGAUUAGCAAUUCAAGUGUGGGCUUACAGGUAUUUACUGCCGUUAUUAGUGAUACUUGUGUAUGCAGGAAAUAGCUCUACAAUGCUUGUUUG